GUGACACGAGAAGAAUGAGUGUGUGCGGUUCUGUGGCUAUGUUUACCAAUGUGACCUAAUUAACAUAGGCCGCGAGCCCUUACAAGUUGUUUAACAUGUGUGAAAAAUGUGUUCCCUUGCCAAGGGGGUCCCCCAAGGGUCCAAAAAGGGUGUAAAUCUUUCAGCAAAAGGGAAGAAACGGGCAUGCUGUUUUGCUGUUUGCUGGUCAUGUCUGGCCGAAUAGUGUGUGUGUCUCUGUGUGUGCUUGUUAAAAUGUGAGACGUAUUAAAAAUAGAUUCCACCACUCUUUGUAUCACCCACCGCGGAUUGACCGCGACCGCGUCACACGAGAAUUAAUUGGCCGUAAUGUGGUAGUAUUCAAAGGAGGGAAAGAAGAAGCGGCUUUGUGAUCGAAAUAUUAACCUACAAUAGCGCCAAACGGGAGUGAACGGGUCUCGCUGUGUCGCGUAUGGCCGUGUAUUUGUAUUGGACGUGUCUACUAGUGCGGUUCCACCCGAUGAGCGGCAAGCGUUCAAUAUCGAAACGGGGCAAAUUGAAGGGAAGAACCUUUUUGCAAUCAACUGUGUGCUACUUUGUGCCACUCAAACAACACACAAAUCAACAUCGAUGUGUUGUACUCUAUUGGUUGAAAGUGCCUGCACACACAACCACUACAAAAACAUAGAUUAUGAGGGUUAGCCGUAAACGAAGAAAGAGCGAAAAAACGGCAGCAUCGUGGCACGAUAACCAGCCAGUUCACCUGUGUCAAAUGGAAGCAAACAAGCUCAUAAAACCCCCCGCAAAAGCAACUUUUUACACUCCGGUUCUUCAUUUCCCCUUCGGCGUAGUAAACCUUGACGAUAAACGGGUGUCCAGGCACACAUGCACACUCUCGCAGAAACUACGUACGAAGCAGUAUAAGCAGCAGACAGCCGGGGGAGGGUAUAGGUUGCUACGGAUACGGUCACCACUUUAGGCAGCUAAAGGAACGACCGGAAUUCAAACAAGCGAAAACCGAUAACACGGCAACACUGUACCAGCAGCUAGUUAAAUAUGUUGUUAAACGAUGUCUCCUUAAAAAAACACACACACACACUAUACUAGUGUACAGUACUUAGUCAAGGUCGCUAGAACAUCCGACCGUUGGUAGUGGAUAAUUAGACGAAGCCGCGUCAAAGCCGAGUCGUAGUCGAUAAACGUUUGCUUUAAAAAGAGCGAAAUAACUUUUGUGCAAAUUGUUUACAACAUGCUUAAUGUAUUUGCGCCAUUUCGUUGCUAGAAUCUUCAUCUGGAGGAGGCAUUAAUUGUGUCUAGCAAAAAAAAAGUUGUCGGAUAUGACGCAGAAAUAUAUGAGCAUAUCUUUCCAUGGGAUUAAAUGGUGCUUGUUGUAGUGUACAGGUAGUUCUUGAGAUACGCUUUUAGUGUGAACCGAGAAAAAACCACAGUAACCAUUUUUCGGAAUAAUUUAUUCAGAAACGUGAGGAAAUGUCUUGCUUUCCAUGUUUGUUUGGUACUAAGUAUCGGUUUAAUUGAUCCCUUUAAAUCUGUUCCAAAUUAUAUUCCAACUUAUGUCUAAUUAAUUGUUGCUUGAAAAUUAGGAUCUACUGUAAUCGGUUCCUUUUAGCCUUUGCCUGUAAUUAAAACCGAGAUAAAUCUAUUCACAUAAUUUUUUACACUUAUCAAUCAUACAAAAUUCAAUAACAAAUCGUCAAAUUUUUUUUUAAAUUAGGUUUAUAGUUAGUAGAUAAUUUUGAGAAUUUUAUGUUGUCAUUCUUCUGUUCUGUAUCAAAAAAAGUAGUCAGGUACUAGCAAAACAAUAGUUUUUUUUUUUUACGUUAAUAUUUAAUUUUUGCAAAAUUCAGCUUCACAAAUAUAGAUUAAUUCUUGUUUGAACGUCCCUGAAUUUAAAAAAAAGGACACAGAACAUCAGAACUGAGCACUUCUUCGUUUCUAAUCUGAUCCUUUAAGAAAGUUCAUUUGUUUCACAUGCGUUACCCGUUUUGAUAUCCUGGUUGCCUACAUUUAGGCGUGGUGUUUAAAAAUAAUGCAAUCCGCUCGACAGACGCAUGCUUACAAAACUCGGAAGCAUUUUAUUACGGAAGAAUUGUAUCAUUAAUCCUAAAACAAACAACUAACCAUAGUAUUAACAUAAGCACCUAACAUAACAUUUAAUUUUAUAUGAUUUUAGCUUAAAAUUUUGUCAGUGUAUACUUAAAAGUAAACGAUCUCCUGCAAAACAUUACUAAAUGUAGACCUAAACACAAAAUACUAAUAACAUCAUCAACAACGCAUUUCAACCAGGCGCGUGUAAAUGCCUUCCCAGCGGUAUGCAGCUGAAAUAUCAAUCAAGUUUACCUUGUCAGUCGGGCAGGACAACCGGACCAACGGAUGGGCACUAUCAUCCGGCACAGCCGCACGAAUCACCGUAAACUUGCAACUGACUCACCUUGACUGUGAGCGGUUGUUGUUUUUUUGAAAGUCAACCGUCAACGGCAGUCACAGGCCCCACGAUCGCCACCCGAAUGUCAGCGACCAACCGGGAGGUCACGCUGCACCUUGACGCGGCAAAGGCCAAGCGUGCUGUAGAGCGCGCGCGCGCGAACGCUUCGUAACGCGUUUAUGACCGUGCGUUGAAAUGCGCUGGACACGGCGGUUAAGUACAGCGCGGUCAAUUUUUGUGAAUCUUUUACGAAGAAUCCGUUCGGUGGUGUGUGGUACAGUAAAAAGGCAAAAACCCCAUCCACACCGCAAGUGAUAAUUAUUUGAUAACGAACGAAUCGCGGUUCGCCGACUGUUCGCGGUUUGCGGCGAUAAGAUAAUGCUGCUCGACUGAAGAGUUUGUACGAGAUUUAUCCUUCUCUCGUCUCCUGCUCGGUAGACUUGCGGGUGUUUUACUUGCUCAGUGUGUUGCUUCUUUCAGAACGAUUCGUUUGCCGAGAUCGAUUACCUCGCGGUCGCACAUAAAAAAACCCAUCCACAAAUUGUGUUAACCAUUUAGCAUUCAUUUAUUUAUGUGGUCAGUCCCGUAUUUCAGUGGUCAGUCCCGUCGCUGCAGUUGGUGGCGUGAGUGUGGUAGUGAUUGCUAGUGUGCUUUAAAUCGUCUGGAUGACAUACGAAAGCCGAGCAGUUGUGCUGUGAAUGUUUGCGCUUGUUCGGUAGUGGAAUGAAGUGGUGAUAAUACUGCGGGGAAACGGUUCCGCACAACGGUUGGGCAUUACUCCGACAGGGCGCAGCAACGGCAUCGACGGCAGCAAGCAGUGGUCCCUCCAGGGCGGCAACCAAUCGACCAAUCGAGCGGAAGGACUCAUCGACCGGCUCCAACAUGAGUCACUGUGAUAACAACUGGAAUGUAAAUCUCGUCCGUUUUGUACCUCUCGCCCUCAGAAUCUACAUCGUGACCUGGAACGUCAGUACAAAGUUCCCGGAAAACAUCUCCCUCAACAAGCUGCUUGGGCUGGAGAACCGGCCCGAACAGGACUCGCAUCUGCCGGACUUUUUUGUGAUCGGACUUCAGGAAGUGAAUGCGCAGCCUCAGAACACCCUGUACAACCUGUUCAAGGAUGAUCUGUGGACGCAAAAGUUCAAGGAGGUGCUGAAGGAGCGCGACUACGUUGUGAUCAAGACGGAGCAGAUGCAGGGUUUGCUGCUGUCGGUGUUUGCCCGCCGGAAACAUCUGCUCCAUUUGCGACAGGUGGAGACGGAGUACACCCGGACAGGACUGGGUGGUAUAUGGGGUAACAAGGGCGCGGUAAGCAUACGCAUGAACGUGUACGGCAGCUCGAUCUGUCUGGUGAACGCACACCUUGCCGCACACGACCACAUGCUGGAGGAGCGCAUCAACGACUACGAGCGGAUCGUGCAGGAGCAGAAGUUCCACGUGAAGGCAAAGGAAACCAUCUUCGAUCAUGACUACGUGUUCUGGUUUGGCGAUCUAAACUUCCGACUAACGGGCGAAGCGACCACGUCCGCCGACGAGAUCCGUGCGAUGGUGGCACGGGACGAGCUGAAGCAGCUGAUCGAGAAGGACCAGCUGCUGCUAGUGCGACGGGAGGGGCGUGCGUUCGCCCAGCUCCAGGAACGGCUGCCACAGUUCCCGCCAACGUUCAAGUUCGAGCACGGUAGCAACGAGUACGAUAUGAAACGAAGACCUGCCUGGACGGAUCGGAUACUGUACGCGGUGAACGAGAACAACUAUCGCAACGUGCGCCUCACCGCCGAACAAACGUCCUACAAGAGCCAUCCCAGCUACAGUAUUAGCGAUCACAAACCGGUCACCAGUGAAUUCACGCUCAAGGUGUACGAGGACACGACCGAGCGCACCGUCAGCUUCAAGCCGAUCGAGCUGUGGCUGGUCGGCGAACCGAACACGAUCGAGUACGUCAUCCCGAACGGGUUCGAGGAGGGCAACGCCGACUGGAUCGGAAUAUAUCGGGAGAACUUUACUAGUCUGAGCGAGUACCUGGCGUACGAGUACACGGAAACGUACAAGGACAAGCAGCACCAGCUGAACGAGCAGCAGCUGCAGCACAUGCAGAACACGCGCACGGUGCAGCUGACGUUCUCGGAGAACGUGAGCCUGCCGCUCGGGACGCGCUACCAGCUGCUGUACUUCCAGAGCACCGGUACGCGCGGUGUGACCGGGCUGGUCGGCAUCAGUCCCGCGUUCGCCGUCGAGAAGCGGUGCCCAUCGCCCUCGUUUGAUGAGAUCGAUUGAUCGCGACCGAAACGGUACUAGGCGGGGCGGCGGCUGGUACUGCCAGCCAGCCCUUAGCCCGGUUUCGUCGGCGCACAGCGCACUUAUACCGCCAGAACAAGCAAACCCCGGCACCCCGGUUUGAUUAGCGUUUCCCCGCACAUACAAGGGAUGCCGAUAACCGUCGCGGGUGGUUUUAGAAAGUACUGUUAGAUUACACUGUGACACUUGGCAAACUUGAAUGCCAAAACAAAACAAAACAAAACAAAAAAAACCCUUUUUCUUCCUAUCCAAUUAAACAGCCACUGAAAACGACGAAAUGUGCGUGCGUGUGAUAAUUGCUAAGUCACAGUCAAGCUAGAGCGGUAGGCAGUCAGGCAGACAGGCAAAAACUUCACUUCCAUGGAGAUGGUGCAGCAGUACGCGUGUUGAAGUGUUUGUACCGCACCGCAUCGCACCGGUUUUUUGGAGGGUCGAGAAGCGUAGAAGAUAACGGGCGCAAACACUGCAUAUUGAGGUGAGGCCUUAUUGCAUUAGCUUAGCUAGAGAGUAACAAAAAAAAAACAAAAUCUAUCGAUACGAAAACGCAAGCAGAGCACAGGUUACUACACUUCACCCUGCAAUCUUGUUUAGUUUUUCUUCCCUUUUGUCCCGAACGGAUACGUACCAUACCGAAGGGCUUUGAGAUAACGUUCCAAAUCUAUAAAGCAAACCCCGGUGCCGGUGAGUUAAGAUAUCGGUCAGUACUUUACUCGUAACGACCACCAUCCGCUAUUCCGGUCAGCAACUAAAACCCCGGUUCACACCCGCCUCGCGUGGUCCAUCCGUUUCGCUUGCGCGGUCAAGUGUUUUUAGUGGUCUAGUGGGGGAAAUCCCUGGACAGUUCUUACCUAUCAGUUACAGCCACCGUCUCAGAUGGAGAUUGUUAUGUUUGUAUGUGUUUUACUUUUUUUAUUUUAUUUUUGGAUUGUUUUAUUGUAAUUUUAAGCUCGUUUUAAAACCUCCAAACACCACUCCCUGUUGUGCACCAUUGGAGACACAAAACAGACGACACGGAGAUAAAGAGAUAGAGAGAGAGAUAGAGAAACACACAAACAUUAGUACACAUAUUCAAAACAAAAGCCAAUCAUGGACUAGAGCUAGUGCCGCGUUGCUUUCAGAAAAUAGUUAUAAAUACUUAGCGAACAAAACAGUAGUCGUCUCCCGGUUCCUUUCGUUUUUCGGGAGGACGACGAUUUGGGCAAUAUUUAGCAUCAGCACGAGCAAUUAGAGCCAUCGAAUGCCGCCAAUUGGUGCGGUCUAUACUGGACGUAGUAGCACCGGCAGCAGCAACGAUCCCUCAACUCCCUAUACCCGUUGGUAGUUUUGUUGUUGAAGACGAUUUGAAUCACCGGAACUUGACAUCCCCCAGACCCGUUAUUCUUCGUCUUAAUUACAAAUAAAAGUAAACCGAGAAUUACUUCACUGCUGAA